UUUGGUGAGUUCCCGUGUCCUUCUGUCGAUGAUUGUUCAGCAAUUAGUUGUGAUUCCGGUGCUGUCGCAAGAGGGAGUGAGCACAUGUCCUUCUACUCCCCAGUCUCUCUACACUGUGAUUCUAAUAUGAGGAAGAAGGGCAGGAAGGAAGCUGGGAGGCAAUUAGCAGUGGCUGCCAUUUGCCCUGCAGCCAACGUUGGAGCCUCACCCUCAUCAUCUCAGCUCUACACACUGAGGGGUUCUUAUUGCAAAUACUUGCAACUAGUAGCCCGAAGCCUUAUUGUUGACUGCAGGUACACACAGGAGGGCAGCUGAACUGCCCCUGGAAGCAGCCCUCUACUAAUGGCAGGUGGGGUCCUAGUGAAGAAAUACCCCGGCUUCCCUGCUCCUCGUCUGGGACAAGUUGGAGAAGUUAACUGGAUUAAGUUCCAGUUGCCACAGCACUAACCCGCUCUUAGAGCUCCCUGUUGGCUUCCUGCCCGGCCGUGCCUCACUUGCUGACUGGCCUGCAGAUGUUUUCUGGGAUCACCUCUCAAAUCCAUCACGUGCACUUGAAUCCUUGUCUUAUAAAUUGCUUCUGGCUCCGCAACAAGAGAAGCCACCACAACGAGAAGCCUGCGCACCACAACGAAGAGUAGCCCCCGCUCGCCGUAUCUAGAGAAAGCCUGCGGGCAGCAACGAAGACCCAAUGCAGCCAAAAAUUAAUUAAUUAAUUAAUUAAAAAGAAAUUGCUUCUGGGGGAACCCAACCAAGACAUCCUUCCUGCCUCAAACAGCAAUAAUGUGAUCCAUGGCUGGGCAAUCUGAUCAGCCCACCAGGGAGACUAAUUUGAGGAAGAGAUUUAGAAAAUUCUAAGACGUUAUCAUCAUCUGCUUGAAUGAGAGUCCUGUUUGGUCCACAGCCUCAAACACACCAAGAAAACUCACCCUGAAGAUCAAGAGACAAAGAAAAGCUGGCUUCCUCUCCAGAAACGUGCUCCAGAGAAUACAAGUUAUUUUGGUUGUGAGGAAGAGAAUGUCUUUAGGGCAAACAUCUUUUGAACCGGCCACAGGGGAAUUUGUACCAAGUUCCUCAGAAACAACUAGAAAAAGAAAAAAAAAAAGAAUAAAUAACAAGAUGCUUUCUCUUUUUCUCUGGAGCGGUCAUGUGGCUUAGCUGCAAAUUAUUUCCCAAAAAUGAGUCAGCUGGGGAGAGAUGGCAUGUGUGUUUGAGCCAACCUGUGUCAUUAAAACAGCACAAAACAGCCCCCAUCCACCCUGGUAACAUUUCAAGGAUGAAGUGUUUGGGCCCAUUUCCACAGCCUUAGGAAUCUGAUCGACCCAGGUUCAAAUCCCAGCUCUGACACUUCUUGGCUAGUGUGACAUGUCACCCCUCUAAGCCUUGGUUUCUCCCACUGUAACAUAAAUAGUCAUAAUCUUAUUUGCCUCACAGGGUUUGUAGAAUAAAUGAGAUCACCUAGUGCCUAAAAAAUGCAAGAUACUAAUAGUAGUAGUUGUGGUAGCACCAGCUCUUUGAGGCUGCUGGGUGUGAACUUGCUGAAUUUUGUCCCCAGGUUUCAUAAAUGUUUGCAAGAGACAUCUGACCCUCUCACGGGCCCUUGGCUUGUCAGCAAGACAAGAAUUCUCUUGAGAAUUUCUUUUCUCUAUUUUCUUCCUGAGUUCCCAUGUGUAAAACGGCUAGGUCUCCCCAUUUGACAGACGGGCAAAGCGAGGCAUUCAGAGGGGUGAUGUGACAUGCCCAAGGGAUUGUCUUCUCAAAGGCACGGAGACAGCAUCCUGCUCCCUGCAGCAUUGCAGCAGGAAGCCGGAUUCAAAGGAAAAAGGCUCAGGGAGUCUGGGAGGGGGUCCGGAACUCAGACCUCUGCUGGGCCAGGCAGGCAGCGAGAGGAGUGAAGCCGGCCAGCGUGCAAACUCCAGAAGAGGGGCCAUUGCCUCUCCAUGGGACCUUGGGCAGGUCUCUGCGUUCUCAUGCUUCUCUCUGAGCUGAGACCCCUGGGGACCUCGCGGGUCUCGCUGUGCCACCUCCUCUCCCCUCGGAGCUUCAGUUUCCACAGCUGGGAGAAGCGGCGGCUCACCGCCCCCCUGCCCGCCUUAAAGGUCAAGACUGUGAGGCCUGUGGGGGUCUUGUCACCCGUCCGCAGGAGGCAAACGUCACGCCGGUGGCCCCAAAUGUCUUCCUAGCGGGCGACCUUUGGUGAGCAGUGGGCCUUGCCCUGGGGCCGGGCCCCCUCCCACCUCUUUCUCGCUCCCUGGGGGAGGAGCCGGCUGCUCUGUGGGCGGGGCCUGGGGAGCGGCUCACCACAUCCUCCCCUUCCUCCCCACCCUGAGCACGCGGUGGGGCUGGGUUGGCAGGCACCGCCUCUGGCGGACCCACUGGCGUCUCUCUGCUGAGCGACCGAAGGGCUCGGGGUCCGACUGUCUGCCUGCUUCUCCCUGCGCGUGACUGACAGCCACACGGCUGUCUGUCUGUCUGCCUGGGUGGCCAGCUACCUCUUUGCUUGGCUUCUCCUGUCUGACUGGCGGGCCAGCCCUUGGCUGCUGUCAGUCCAUCCCCCAUGCAGCUGACCGGUCCCUGCCCAGCAACCUCUGUCUUCUGUCCGUGUGUGACCUCCUUGGGACGUGACUGAUGGUUGCCUUUGCCUCUGCGUGGCCCGCCUGCCCGGAGCCCAGCUGCCGUCCGUCUGGGUGACAGGUCUUGUGCUGUCUGGUCGGUGACUUGGGGCAGGUUUCAGCUUCCCACCCCAGUCCCCUGCCUGUUCUCCCAGACCCCCAUCCCUCACGCCAAGCCCAGCUGCCGUCCCCUGGGAGCCCACCGGAUUGCCCGAAGCACAGAGAGAAUGGAUUUCUGAGAAAGAAGUAGGACAGCAGGCUCCGGCGGGCAGCAUGCUCUGCGGCUGGGCUGCCCCUCUGCUCCUGCUGAUGCUCCAGGGGGCCUGGGGCUGCUCAGACCUCGUCUGCUACACCGAUUACAUCCAGACGGUCACCUGCAUCCUGAAGACAUGGGCCCCGCACCCUGGCACGCUCACCCUCACCUGGCAAGACUCAUAUGGAGAACUGGAGGACGAGGUCACCUCCUGCAGCCUCUGCUGGUCCACCCACAAUGCCACGCAUGCAGAGUACACGUGCCAUAUGGAUGUGUUCCAAUACAUGGCUGACGACGUUUUCAGUGUCAACAUGACAGACCAUUUGGGCAACCACUCCCAGGAGUGCGGCAGCUUUGUCCUGGCUAAAAGCAUCAAGCCAUCUCCCCCUUUCAAUGUGACGGUGACCUUCUCCGGACAUUAUAACAUCUCCUGGAGCUCCGAUUACAAUUUGUACGCGCUGAAGGGCAAACUUCAGUAUGAGCUGCGGUACAGGAAGCUCGGAGACCCCUGGGCUCUGAGUCCAGGGAGAAAGCUGAUCUCAGUGGAUUCGAGAAGCGUCUCUCUCCUGCCCUUGGAGUUCCACAAAGGCUCAAGCUACGAGCUGCAGGUGCGGGCAGGGCCCCAGCCUCGCUCCUCCUUCCAGGGGACCUGGAGCGAGUGGAGUGACCCAGUCGUCUUUCACACCCAGCCAGAAGAGAUAAAGGGAGACUUGUACCCUCAACUGCUUCCCAUCUUGGUCCUCGUAUGCCUCAUCCUUGUCAUCUUAGGCCCGAAGAUCCAUCAGGCUUGGAGGCUAUGGAAAAAUGUGUGGGUGCAGGUGCCCAGCCCAGAGCCCUUCUUCCAGCCCCUGUACGUGGGCCACAGUGGAGACUUCAAGAAAUGGGUGGGCACCCCCUUCACUGCUUCCAGCCUGGAACUGAGAUCCUGGAGCCCAGGGGUGCCCUUGUCCCUGGAGAUGCACAGCCAGUGCCUACCGCAGACUGCAGCCAAGGGGCUGGUGCCCACAGAGCUGCCAGAGCCCCCAGACCUGGUGGAAGCCGACGGGGUGCUUGAGCCGGGCUCCUGGGGCCCAGCCCACUCCACCGCCGGCAGCUUGGGCAGCUCAGCUCACAGCCAGGAGAGGGACCGGCCGUACGGCCUGGUAUCCAUCGACACGGUGACCGUGGUGGACGCAGAAGGGCUGUGCACCUGGCCUUGCACCUGCGGGGAUGACGGCUACCCAGCCCUGAACCUGGACACCGGCCUGGAGCCUGGCCCGGGCACGGAGGACUCGCUUCCGGGCAUGGGGGCCACAGUCCUAUCCUGUGGCUGCGUCUCAGCCAGUGGCCCUGCCGGGCCAGGGGACCCCCUGGGCAGCCUCCUUGGCAGGAUAAAGCUGCACCUCAAGGAUGAGGAGGGUUGGGCCCCCGGGCCACCCUGGGAUGGCGGGUCGCCCCGAGGGGUGUCGGACAGCGAGGCAGGUUCACCCCCAGCUGGCCUGGACAUGGACACGUUUGACAGCGGCUUUGUGGACUCUGACUGCGGCAGCCCCGUGGAGCAUGACUUCAGUAGCCCCAGGGACGAAGGGCCCCCCAGGAGCUACCUCCGCCAGUGGGUGGUCAUGGCCCCUCCACCUGCAGGGCCUGGGCCCCAGGCCAGCUAGUGAGGCCGACUGGCCGUCCAGAGCUGGCCAUGCCACUGAGCCACGAGCCACGGACAGGGUCACCUGGGCUGAGGUGUAACGAGGCCUGCAGCCCUUGGUCUCCCGGCUGGGACCCCUGAGCCUCGUGUUUACAGUGCAUGUCUGGGGCUCAGGUGCCCACUGGCGUGGCUGCGCGUGGGAGUAGCGUGCGUGCCUGUGGACACGGAGCUCGCCUGUGGUUCUGCCAUAUUCCCAAGGCCACUCGUGUGUCUGUGCCGACGUGAGCUUCCUGCGCACGUGAGCUUCCUGCGUGCGCGUGUGUGAGCCGCACGUGUGUCUGUGGGCACGUGAUGACAGCCUCCCUCCCUCCGAGGCACGUGGGUGACCCCCGGGUCACGUGCCGAGACCAGGGCACUGCCUGGGACAGACACCAAGCCCAGCCCCCCAGGUCCUGCCUGCAGAGCCGCACAAAGUCCAGACUGUUCCUUAUCGCCUUUCAGGGGGAGGGGAAGGGGACCAAGCGAGCCCACAGUGACCCUGGGGGUGGGAAGAUUUUGGGGGGAGCCAGUGGACCUGGGUCUGAAUCCUGACUCUGACACCUCCUGGCUGUGCCACCUUGGGUGAGUCACUUCCCCUCUCUGGGCUGGAGUUUCCUGUCUUAAUAAUGGGGGCGGCCUGACCUACCCUGGGGAGAAAUUGGAGAGGUCGCCCAUGUACAGGGUGCAGCCCAGACUCUCAAAAAACGUCAGCUUCCUUCCUUCUGCGGCCAGGACCAAGGCUUGUGCUGGAGGUGGGUGGGAGUGAGAAACCAGACACAGCCCAGGUACCUGCGGAGGGGCACUUGGGGGAUUCCAGGUUUAAAAUCAGCUUAGUUUCUUAGAAUCAGCCCCUCACCAGCCAAGAUUUCUUUUUCUGCCUCCUGCUGCCCAUUUUGUUGUUCCCUUUAUGCACCCCAGAAAUAUUUAUUGAGCACAUUUACUGAGUACAUGCGGGUGCUGGGAUACAGCGAGAGGACGCUCCCCUUGGCACUCACACUGGGGAGGGCCGCAGGCCGGACUCGGCAGCAAUGGCACGGUGGUCCUGAUCCCCUGGCAUCUUCCUUGCUUGUCCUGGGGAAUUGGAGGAAGUCAAGUUCUUUUUGAUGAUUUGUCAGAGAAACUGCUGAAAUGUGAAUUUAAGAUGCUAAGAAAAUACUUGUUUGUGACGUUUUGAAGGCACCUUAUUGAACGUCAGCUCUGGACAGGAGCUCGAUAUUGGUGCUGCGUAUUGCAUACAACUCAUACUUAAAAAAAAAAAGAAAGAAAGAAAGAGAAGAGAUCAUUUUCCUCCUAAGGGUGCUCACCUUCAGAGGCUGCGUUUCCAAGGCCGGGAAGCAGGGUUAAAGGAGCAGAGUCUGAUUCAGCCGCGGGCUCUCAGAGCCCUGAGGGGAAUCCCUACCCUGGCCUGGACCUGCCUGGCCUGUGGUCCUCCCCAAAGGCCAGGCUGCAUGCCAGGUGAUGCCUGAAGCCCUGGCUUGUCUCUGCUUUUGGACGAGGGCUCAGCUGUCGACCCUGCUGAUGGUUUCUCUGUGACUCUUUUGUAAAAGGAGAUGUUGGAAGAAGUCACUGAGAGAACACAGGAUUCUUUGGUUCUGAAAGUUCUAGAACAUUGGUGGUCUUGAUAGUGGGACUGUUAACCUGGGAUCAAGGCGUGAGGCUCGGAUGGGAGCUCAAGUGUGAAACCGCAGCUCCUGCAGGUGUGAGCAGCCCUCACCAUCCCCCUCCGUCACCCUGGAGACGCUUGGGUCAAGGUGUGCCGUGGUUUUCACACCCUCAAGGAGGCCACAGGUUCCAGGCACCCCAUGAGCCCCAGGCUCCCCGUGGAAGCAGCUCAGCUCUCUCUCGAGCACACACAGCUCUGGGCCAGGGAGUAGGGGGAGGGGACACCUCGGACACUGGCUGAUGCCAGGCCGGGGGUCGGGGGGAUGGGGCUCUGGCCUGGGCCAGACGUGGCUACUCACCAGCUCUGUCUUUGAAGGGGACCCAGCUCAUAAAUGUGGGUGCAGACGGAGACAGGAACUGGCCCACCUGGGAGGCCAGAUUAGUAGGACGGGGUGGAUGGAUGAUUUAUGGACAAGUGGGCACAUUGGUGGGUGGAUGGAUGGAUAAAAGCAUGGUGAAAUGCUUGAAGGAAGAGCAGUUGGAUAAAUGGAUGGAGAUAAACAGUUGCUAGAGACAAGGAUGAAAUAUCAAACCUAAGCUCCAUGAAGGCAACAACUUUGCCUCUUUUGUUCACGGCUUUACCCCCCGUCAGGCACCUAGUGGGCCCUCAGUAAAGCCUGAUUUGCAGUGUUUGCUUAUU